AUGUCACUGAGCAUGCAGGGUUCAGGAAGAGAGUGCUGGGAAAACUCUCAGCGUAUGGAAAUCCACGAUCCCUAUUCUCGCGAGCAACUCGCUCAACGAUCCGUCGCACAAGGCGCUGAACGCAACUCGGAUAGGCGCGAGCGCCCCGACGAGGGCAUGAACAAUCCAGACGUCCAAUCGAUUUUGAGCGAUAGCGAGUUUGGCCGUGUGGAUCCUACCGGCUGGUUUCCGCACUAUAAGAACUGUGUGCAACAUUUUGUCGACUACAGCCAGCACACGCCUGCAGUGCAAUCCAUUGCCGCAUUUAUCAACAUCCGACUACCCUGCCAGCGACCAUCGGAAACUCCAGUCACCAACUCACAAUCGGUACCUUUUGUUUCGCUGCGGCCUUACAUCAGGCGCUUGAUUGUUACUGCGCAGGACUCGCCGGUCGUGAUGCAAGGAUUCUUUGGCGGGGACUGGGAAGCCGGUGUGGGCUGCAUCUACAAACAAGAGCGCGCAAACUAUAUGUUUACGGCGAAGAGCAGCGGCUGGGCUUCGACCAAGGCUGCCUACGAUAUCUCACCAGAUGAACAGACUCCCUUCUUGAGGCCCAUGCGUGAUCCCUCCGAGGACGAAAUUCGAGUGGCCGAGGCCCGGUGGAGUGAGUGGCUGGCGAUGGAAGACUGGAUGGUGGGCGCGCGAACUCCCUGGUAG